AAAACACAUUAAGCCAAUAUGUAGUAGGUCUGUAGUACUGUUCUGUAGUAUGGGUAUUGAAAUAAAAAGUAAAAAACAAAAACGGAUUCAAAACCUCGAAAUUCCGAUCCCUUUUCUGACCAUUGAACGUAGCGCCAGUUCACCGGCUAACUACAGCGCGACUUUUAUGCCGUAAAGCGUGACGGUCAUCAGCUCUUCGGUUCACAGGCGCACAAAACAUUAUUUAAUUUGAAGGGAUUCUCGCCAUUGUCGAUGGUGCCACGAAAUGUAAGUGUCUGUCAUAAUAGAGUCUUCGACAUCCUUGUUACCUGAGAAGAAAAGUGGAUAUGCAAGUCACAAUGUCAGUCCCUGCUUUGCUCAUCCUCUAUGGGAGCCAGACCGGGACGGCCCAGGACACGGCUCAGAGGAUUGCGAGGCAGGCGCUGAGAAGGCGUCUCAAAAUGCAUUUCUCAGCUCUUGAUGACUACAAUGUUGCUAACUUGAUCUCUGAGUCACUGGUUGUUUUUGUCUGCUCAACCACUGGCCAAGGAGACCCUCCUGACAACAUGAAGAACUUCUGGAGGUUUCUCUUCAGGAAAUCUUUACCGGUUGGAUCGCUGUGUCAGCUGGACUGUGCCGUCCUGGGCCUCGGGGACUCCUCUUACCCAAAGUUCAAUUUUGUGGCCAAGAAGCUUCACAAGCGUCUUGCACAGUUGGGUGCCAGUCUGCUGCUGCCUGUCGGACUAGCUGAUGACCAGCAUGACCUGGGGCCCGAUGUGGUGAUCGAUGCAUGGCUAACAUCAUUUUGGGAAAAAGUGUUCGCUCUGUACCCAUGUUUUGCAGAUAUGAUCCCACUGAGGGACGAUGAGCCGCUUCCACCAACUUACACUUUUAACUUCCUGGAUGAUAUAAAUGAGAAGACACAUGACCGUCAAAUAAUUCCUACACAACAAAGUGGCCUCUCUCAGUCGCAUCCCUUUUAUGCCAAACUUCUGUCCAAUGAGAGAGUAUCUCACCCGAAACAUUUUCAAGAUGUGAGGCACAUUGAGUUUGACAUCACGGGAUCCAACAUAGACUUUACCGCAGGUGACAUCGUUAUGAUGCGUCCUUGCAACGCAGUCGAAGACGUUCAGGAAUUAUGCCAACUCAUGAGAUUAGAUCCAGAGGCCAGAUUCUCUCUUACAGCAACCGAUGGCUCUACAGAAUUGACUGACUGCUGUGAAGAACGCACAACUAAAAGCGUCGUAUGCUCAGUUCCUGCAAGGCUUCGUCAACCCUGGACCUUGCGUUACCUGGCGCAGCGCUACCUGGACAUUGGAGCCGUGCCCCGUCGCUCCUUUUUUGAACUGCUCGCCGCCUUCUCAAAGGAUGAGUUGGAGCGUGAAAAGCUGGCGGAGUUCAGCUCAGCGGAAGGUCAGGAGGAACUGCGCAUUUACUGCAACCAACCGCGGCGCACUGCACUGGAGGUCUUGGCAGACUUCCCCCACACAAGAGCGCAACUGAAAGUCGACCAUCUGCCGGAUCUGUUUCCUGAGAUCCAGCCCCGCUCAUUUUCCAUCGCCUCCUCUCUCCGGGUUCACUCAAACAGGCUCCAGAUCCUGGUAGCUGUGGUCAAAUACAAAACCAAGAUAUUGAAACCACGAAGAGGACUCUGCUCCACCUGGUUGGCCUCCCUUGACCCCACAAAAGGAGACGUUUGCGUGCCUCUCUGGGUAAAGAAGGGAACGCUUAGGUUUCCCACAGAAACAAACACCCCUCUCAUAAUGGUUGGACCGGGAACGGGAGUGGCGCCUUUCAGGUCAGCUUUACAAGAGAGGACUGCUGAGGGUAAAAAUGCCAAUGUCCUUUUUUUCGGUUGUCGAUCGGAGUCCAAAGACUUCUACUUCACGUGCGAGUGGAAGGAGAUGAUGAAAGCUGGACAGUUGACCCUCUUCACCGCCUUCUCUCGCGACCAGGAGGAAAAAGUCUAUGUGCAGCACCGUGUGCGAGAGAACGCAACGCUCAUUUGGGACAUGAUUGCAAAUAAAGGUGCCUACUUCUACAUCGCUGGAAAUGCUAAAGACAUGCCAAAUGGGGUGUGUGACGCGCUGAAGUCGGUGUUCCAACAGGAGGGAGGCCUUUCCCCUGAGGAUGCAGAGAAGAUGCUGGCGGCCAUGGAGAGUUCCGGAAAAUCCCAGAGAGAGACCUGGUAAUGAUUGGCAUUCACAUUUCACAGCAGCAUGUGCUGUACUGUGCAGGACACACCAUGCGUAUGUAUUGGUUUCAAAAGGAUGAAAGAACUU